AUGGACCCGUCAAAAGUGAUGGAGUUCCUCGGAAGUUUGCCUGAAGCGCAGCAGGAAGAUCUUCUGAACCAAGCCAUGCAUGAGUUUGACGAACAAGCCGAGCAAAUGUCGAACCCGCAAGAGGAACUGAUUCAGCGAUUCAAGAAGAGCCGUGCCACCUACGUCCGACCUGGGGGCAUUUUCGCUGAGCAUUUUCAAGCUGGCAGGAUUCACGCCGGCAGUGUGUGUACAAAGUUUACCACUGGCGAUGCUAAACCAGCGUCAGAGUCGAGAUCGUUGAGGGCUCUCUCGCCUAUGAUUGCCAAGGAGCUGGACCUAGGGACAACGCACCGUGGCCGCUACCUCUGCGGGUGGGUCGCAGUUGAUGACGCGUUCUUCGGUAUUUCUGCGACUUCGCUUCUGCUGGAGGACGUAACGGGCUACUUAGUGGAGAUCGCUGUCUACGGGCUGGUGGAUGACUCACUGUCACUGCAUCAACGACAGGCCUAUCUGGCGAGCCAAUUCCCCAAAGGGAAGUCGAUCGUUGUGGUCGAGCCCUACUAUAAGAUACGCUUGGACGGUUCAUUGGGCAUUCGAGUGGAGGAUCCGGCAGAAAUCGUCCCGUGGAAAGCCGUGCCGACGGACUUGAAGACGUGGAAGAACCUGGGGAACAAGUUUUUCACCGGAUCGACCUCUCAAAGUGCAGCUAGUGGAGCGUUGUCGUGCUACGAGCGUGCUCUUCAAACGGUCCAACCUGAAGCUCACUCGAUGGCCGUCCUACUUAACAACAUCGCCACCUGUCGAUUCAAAAUGGGCGACUCUCCUGCAGCGAUCCAACUUUCGGGGGCAGCGGUGCACAUCAACUCGGGGUACUUCAAAGACGCAGACACAUGGCGAAAGCUCGGAUCCGAGAAAUUUGGACAGGGGGAUUUUCAUGCUGCCGAGGCAUACUAUCGGAAGGGACUGGCGUUGAGUCUGCAGUGCUGUUGUGAUGUAUCGUUAGUGUUGAACAACAUCGCCGCGGUGUAUUUAUCAUUGUCUCGAGAGGCUAGUGGCGUCGUGGGUGUCAGUGUUGGAUCAAAAACUGACAAAGUGAUGCCAUAUCCUGAGGCAGCCCUCCUUAACGGUACUGUUGCCGGUAUCAUUGAUCCUCUCAACUACAAAGCGUGGUCACGUCGAGCGCGAUGUCUGGCGCGAUUGGGAUUUUCGGACGAGGAAUGUCUCGCUGACUUGGAAAAUAUUCGUGCUAACGUCGAGUCUAAUGGUUCGGUACGAAGUGACCGUGCGAAGGAGUUCAAUCGUGGCAUCAGCUCUGAUAUUCAGCAACGAACAAAGCAGCCUGAAGCAGCAAAAGCAGCCCCACACGUCUCUGAUAUCCCCACGCAUGUUCAACAUCAAGAAAACCCGUUCACGACGAUGAUAAACGAAGAAAACGGUGACAUUGACGUCUACAUCGCGCAAAUGGAGUCGGUCGUGAACAUGUCGCGGCUCGCAUACGGAGCGUGGAAAUCUAAUCAAAGACAACAGCAGCAGGAACUUCCUCGCGAGAUGAUGAGGUUUGUGAAGCAGUCGGCUCCUCAGAUCCACACCGAGUUCCCCAAGCAACGUGGUUGGCCUGCCGGGAUUGAUCCAGUAUUCGCUCGAAAAGUGCUCUACCGCGCACACCUGGACGCCACCUCCAGCCCCUGGGUCAGGGCGCUCGCUAUGCGCGACGGCAAUUUUUUCGAGCAGUCGGAUCUUGCGGAUAUGAUCAAGCGGUGGCACGGAACUGCCGCGUUUAAGAUCCUUCGCGACAAAGCUGGCAGCUUGAGAUAUGGUGAUAUUAUCGACUAUCGAGAGGUGGAAAGCAACGUUUUCCCCGCUUACGACGCUCGGAUCCGAUCCAACUUCGCCAACAGCCCGAAUCGUGCUGAGGUCUACACCUUUGGGACGACUCAUAUCGCUAUUGGGUUUAAUGACUUCAGCAGCCUCUUGGCCGCUACACUCCGUGAGGAACUAAACGACGGAAAACCGCUAAGAUUCGUGGGGUUCGAGAUGAGCGAGUUCGCUGUGGCAAAGUGCAAGGUCGUUGCUCAUAUGCUCGGAGCUCCCAGUGUUUCAGUUUCGAGUGUGAUGGAGGUCUGGCUGUCGUCUACGUGGAGUGACAUAACGCUGAAGGACUUUCGAAAGAGUGUGAAUGCGGUGUUGGAGUCAAUGCGCAAGGAACAUGGAGGAAACUCAAAGGUGAUAUCGUAUUUGACUCACUGGGCGUCGAAGCAGCCAAUUUCAGCAGAGAAAGCUCGCUCGGAGUUCUUCUCGACGUUGGAGAAGUAUAACAGCAAGACUGUGGCUUCGCUUUGCUCCUUCCGUCGCGAGAUCGACCGACUCGACUUGGUCCAGUAUGCACUCACUGGUGAAAUUCGAGCGACUCCGACUGUCAAGGACACUAUGAACCAGGAGAAAGUAGCGACAUCGAACACUGGAGCAAUUGGCGCCAAGUCCAUGAAAAAGCGUAACCGGAAGAAAAAGAGUGCAAGCUCCGCUCCUGUGGUUGGAAGCUUGACAAUGUGGACUGUGCCACCGGGAGCUCCACCGCUUGAAGAGGACGUCGCGUUCAACACUGUGGAUUUCAUGAACCUCUUACAGGACUACGCUCAGCGCGAAAAGAACAAGAAGAACUCGGCUGAGAAGCUGUCAGUCGUGGAUCUUUUCAUGAUCCACAUCCUGCGCAACCUCCAGCGUCUGUGCGACUUGAUGCUGUCCAAUAAGUUGACGAUCGAGGUGCACUACGGUGUGGUCAAAGCUGUCCGAGGGGAAGGCGCGACUGACCCCGAGAACAGAAAACUAUUGGAACGGAUUGCAGCGCUGCGGCCGUACACGAUUUCGUGGUCGAACGUUCUCGACUAUUUCACGCCCGAGGACUUCCACGAUCUCGCGCGUCGGUGCUCGAUGCACGGCGACUGUCUGCACUAUGGCUACAGCAUGAACUGGCCCACGCAAGUCUUCGGAGCAUCUAUUAUCGACUACGACCCAGAACACGACAAACCGUUGAUUGACAUGGUGCUGGAUGCUGCUCUUGGCUUCCAGAACGAGUCGAAGAUGCCGUCGGCUAUGGCGAUGGUGAAUAUGUUCAAGGUCUCGGGGCUGGACAAGAUGCUCUACGUGCCCUUCCGCGACAACCCGCUCAACAGCACGGGGUACGUCCUCGCAGCGAGGUUCAAGCAGAAGUGGGUGGAUCAUUUCAUGAAAAAGGGCGAGUUGACGAUGAUGGCGGUCGAGCGACUGGGAGGGCUGUGCACUCGGGUCAAUUCCGGGCUGCAGAAGGGAGAAAUGUCCCUGGGAAUGCCGAGUCCGUUGUACCGUACGUCGCUGACGCUGUACAUGAGCUGGUGCUACGACCCCACGUUACGACUGCAGCCGGCGAAUGACCCUUUUGCAGUGGGGGCUGCCACCGACACGGCGACGCUGGCGGAGUUGAUGAAGAACACGAGAGUCAAUUCGUGA